GAAACAGAAAAGCGUCCUCGCCUGCCUCUUAGCGACUCUCCCCUCUCCCGCUCGGCCCCACCCGCGCUGCCUUCCAUCUGCCAUGUCCUCUACCAACAUCGAAAUCGCCGAUGCCGACAAGACUGUCGAGUCUGUCGAUGUCAGGGCCGAUGCCAUGGCCCCGCCCGACCCGGACAAACCCCGGGUGGUCGUCACCCGUGUCGAGUUUAUCGGCAUCCUCUUUGCCCUGAUGAUGCUCUUUUUCUCGGCAUCGCUACUCGGCACCAUCAUCGCCACGGCCCUGCCCUCGAUCGCCAACCAGCUCAACGACAUGAACGACUAUUCUUGGGUUGCCACGGCCUUCCUGCUCACCUCGACGGCCAUCCAGCCCGUCAGCGGCGUCCUCAGUGACAUUUUCGGUCGCAAGGCCGUCGUCAUACUCGCCGCUUUCAUCUUCCUCGUCUCGACCAUCGUCUCCGGCUUCAGCCAGUCCAUGAUCAUGCUCAUCGUCGCCCGUGCCGUCCAGGGUCUGGGCGGCGGCAUCAUCACCUCCAUGGUCUACAUCGUCGUCGGCGACAUUGUCGCUCCCAAGAAGCGUGGCCCCUACCAAGGCAUGAACAGCGCCGUCUUCUCUGUCGCCACCGUCCUCGGCCCCAUCAUCGGCGGAUACUUUACCGACAGCUCGGCCGGCUGGCGCUGGUGCUUCUUCAUCGUCGCACCCUUCACCUUCAUCGCCCUGGUCUGCGUCUUCUUCUUGAUGAAGAUUCCGUCCAGUCCCGGCACCUUCCGCGACAAGAUCCAUCGUCUCGAUGGCUGGGGCAUCCUGACGGUGUCCAGCGGCGUGGUGCUGAUGCUCCUCGGUCUGACUUGGGGCGGAAGCACCUAUCCCUGGACCUCGGCCACGGUCCUGUGCCUGCUCAUCUUUGGCUUCCUGAUGCUCAUCGUCUUUGUCCUGGUCGAAGCCAAGGUAUCUCGCGAGCCCAUGAUGCCCAUGGACCUGUUCACCGUCUUCAACUUCAACGCCAGCAGCAUCAUUGCAUUUACGGUCGGUUUCCAGCUCUAUGGCUUCAUCUACUUCAUUCCACUGUACUAUCAAAUCAUCCACAACUACAACGCCACCCAGGCCGGUCUCUCGCUGCUGCCCAUUGUGCUGGCCCUGUCAUUCUCAUCCAUCAUCUCUGGCCUGACCAUCUCCCGGUUUGGUCUCACCCGGCCCUUCUCGAUCGGCGGCAUGGCCCUCCUCACCAUCUCCAUCGGCCUUCUCAUCAUCCUCGACGAGAACUCCAGCAUCACCAUCGAGUACCUCCUUCAUGCUUUGGUGGGCCUUGCCAUGGGCCCCACCAUGCAGACCAUCACCCUGUUUGUCCAGGGCUCGGUUCCUGUCCGUCGCCUUGCAUCUGCCACGGCCGUCAACACCUUCUUCCGUACCCUCGGCGGUGUCUUUGGCGUCACUCUCUUCCAGACUAUCAUGACCAGCCGAUUCCAGUCGGCGCUUGCCAGUCGACUGGGCCCCAACGUCUCCCUGGCCGGCACCGGAUCGUUCGACCCCACGACCAUCUGGGCUCUGCCUCCCAACAUCCGCACCCCCGUCGUCCAGUCUUUUGUCGACGCCUUCCGCAUGGUCUGGCUUGUUUGCUGCUGCAUCGUCGGCUUUGGCUUCCUCUUUACGCUUCUACUGAAGCCGCUGAACUGGGAUGCUCGCAAGAACCCCAAGGCCACCAAGGUCCCCGAGUCCAACUGAGAGCGAAGACACCGUGGCGAAUUCCUCAUUCCUCAUCCGCUUUGAAUGCUUUGGCUUGGCAUGGACACCACCCUCCUCCUCCCGCAGCUCCGCAUGUGUGUUUGCCGUUACUCUCACGCGCUGACACCCGUCGACACGACUGCAUACCAGGUUCACUCUGUUGAUUUUCAUUCAUUUGUUUUGCUUGCUUGUACUAUUGCACUUUGCUGCGUUCACGGAUUGUCCACUGGCCCGUGCCGACUCGGAUGUGAAGGGAAUGCAUUGCAGUUUGACGACUCGAUUGGCUGCCCUCAUCAUGUUUGUACUUUUCUUGCACAACGCGGACACGCUGUAAUAUCAUCUCCGGCUUCCCCCGUAAACCAAAUUGAAAGAAGCAAAC